AUGGUAUAUGGAAAACCGUGGAAGGAGAGCGAAAAGCCAGGAGCAAACACCAAAAAUGACUGUGACCCAGUCGCCAUAGCCACAUGCCUAUCUAAAAUCGCUGCCAUGCCUGUGCUAGCCGGCGUUCUAAGCCCUUUGAUUCUGGGUGCAAUUGGAUUUGGCGCUGCAGGUCCCAUAGCCGGCUCCAUUGCUGCCACUAUGCAGUCAGGAAUGGGCCCAAUAGCUGCCGGAAGUCUGUUCUCCAGUCUCCAAAGUGCAGCAAUGGGGACUACAACGUUCUGGGGAGGCUUCGGAGGUAAUAUUGCCACAGGUGCAUUGCACGGCUUUUGUAUGCCCGAUGUCGUGAAGUGCAUCAAUGUGAAUCAAGGGAAACUCUAG